CUGCUCUCGUUUGACGGCAAGUUUGAGACUGGGAGAAGGGCCCCUUCUUCUCGAGGAAAGGUCUCCUUUCUUCCCUUCUGCCCUCUCUCUCGCUUAUUCCUCCCUUCUUCAUCGCUCUGGAGAUCAGACUAUAUUUGUUGAAGGAAAUUUUCACGAUGCGUGUUUGAUGGAUGAUGACUGUUCCAAUGGAUAACUCAUUGUCUCCCUCGUCAAGGGAGCUUGCAAAACGCCUUUAUAAGAAGAAUAUUGAAUUGGAGAAUGGACUACGGAAAUCAGCACAGUCAAAGGUUCCUUCAGACCCCAAUAUAUGGCUCCAAAUGCGUGAGAACUAUGAGGCCAUAAUACUGGAAGAUCAUGAUUUUUCUGAAAAGCAUGAGGUAGAGUAUGCUCUUUGGCAAUUGCACUACAGGAGAAUUGAGGAGUUCAGGACACACAUCAAUGCUGCAGCAUCUGCUGGAUCUAAUGCUGGAAAGAGUCUUGCUCGGCCCGAUCGAAUUAAGAGAAUCCGUUCUGUUUUUAAAACCUUCCUUUCAGAAGCAACUGGGUUUUAUCAUGACCUGAUACUGAAAAUCAGUUCAAAAUAUGGCCUGCCUUUCGGUUACUUCUCGGAGGGCCCUGAGAAUCGUUAUAUUCCAAUGAAAGAUGAAAAGAAAUCAGCUGAGAUGAAAAAAGGACUGAUGUCUUGUCACCGCUGUCUGAUUUAUUUGGGAGAUCUUGCUCGUUACAAAGGACUGUAUGGGGAGGGAGACUCUGUUAGUCGUGAUUAUGCAGCUGCUUUUAGUUAUUAUAUGCAGGCAGCUUCUCUUUGUCCUUCAAGUGGCAAUCCACAUCAUCAGCUUGCAAUAUUGGCAUCAUACUCAGGUGAUGAUUUGGUAGCAGUCUACCGGUACUUUCGGAGUUUGGCAGUGGAUAAUGCUUUUCCAACAGCAAGGGACAACUUAGUUAUUGCAUUUGAGAAGAAUCGUCAAAGUUACUCUCAAUUGCCUGGUGCCAAGAUUCCUUCAUCUAGGGCCUUGCCUCUACAAUCAGCUGGCAGAGGUAGAGGAAGAGCUGAUACAAGUCUUCUGGCAAAAGACACGAAAACAGAAUCUGUUCCUACCGAAGAACGAGAGUUCAGUACAUCUGAAAUAUUUAGAGCCUUUUCAACACGAUUUGUUCGGCUUAAUGGGAUCCUUUUCACGCGGACAAGCUUGGAAACUUUUGGAGAAAUAUUCUCUUCAAUGAUUUGUAAUCUGCAUGAUCUCCUUUCUUCUGGCCCUGAAGAAGAGCUUAGUUUUGGUCCGGAUGCUGCUGCAAAUGCUUUGGUCAUUGUGAGGCUUAUUGCUAUUCUUAUAUUCACAGUUCAUAAUGUGAAUAGGGACUCGGAAGGCCAAUCAUAUGCAGAAAUCUUGCAGCGUACUGUGCUGCUUCAAAACGCUUUUACAGCUGCCUUUGAGUUUGCUGGGUAUAUAGUGAAGAGAUGCACACAGCUACAUGAUGCUCCAUCGAGCUAUCUGUUGCCAGCCAUUUUGGUUUUCAUCGAGUGGUUGGCAAGCCAUCCAGAUAUUGCAGCAGGUUUUGAUGUGGAGGAAAAACAAGCUAGUGCAAGAUCAUUCUUCUGGAAUCAAUGUGUAUCUUUCAUGAAUAAACUUAUUUUGACUGGACUUGUGUCAAUUGAUGGUGAUGAAGAUGAGACCUGCUUUUCUGAUAUGAGCAGGUAUGAUGAAGGAGAAACUGGUAACAGGCUUGCAUUAUGGGAAGAUUUUGAGUUGAGGGGGUUUUUACCCCUAGUGCCAGCACAGCUCAUUUUGGAUUUUUCAAGGAAGCAUGCACUUGGAAGUGACGGCAGCACCAAGGAAAAAAGAGCUCGUGUCCAAAGGAUUCUUGCAGCAGGAAGGGCUCUUAUGAAUGUGGUUCAGGUCAAUCAUCAGAGAAUAUAUUUUGAUACAUACCAGAAGAAAUUUGUAUUAAGUACAGAGCCUCCAGCAUCCGAAAAUGUUGUUCAUGUUGAUUACUCUAAAGCACCUGAAUCAAAUAUUACCAAACAAGGAAGUCAAGUCAAGUGUACGAUUGAUCUUGGAGUUGAACAAUUGAGCACAGUUAACCUUGGAGUGAGACAGCCAAAGGCACUGCCGUAUGGGGAAGGAGGAGGAGGUGGAGAAGAAGAAGAAGAAGAAGAAAUUGUCUUCAAGCCAAUGGUUGCUGAUAAGUAUCCCGAUGCAACCUCCUCAAGGUCAACAGCUCAUGAACCUAUACAGCAGCCUGUACAAAUUUCUUCUGUUAAUGAUUGGAGUAUGUAUGUCUCAAAGUUUUCUGCCCCUCUUGAUGUUCAAGUGUCUACUCUUCUCGAUGCCAGUUCUCAUAUGCACCCAGUUGCAUCUAAUGUCUCCCAGCUACCUUUGCAAUCUAUCAAUCUGGACACCUCAAAAUGGCUUAUGGGGCGAGAAGCAUUUUUAUCUGAUAGACUGAAGAACUUCAACAUUACCGAAGGUGGGUUUUUAGCUAAGCAGAAAUUGCAAGAAGGCCCGAACAGUUUGCAGCCUACUGCAUUUUCACCUCUUUUUUCUGCACCUCCUAAUCUAAAUACUCUCAAUAUGCUAGCUAGUCAGAUGAAACCUGCAGAAGUCGCCAUACCAUCUAAACUCGACUCCAUAGUACCUUCAGGAGCAACCUCUGAUGGCCUUGCUAUGAAUCCUUCAGCAGCAUUGCCAACAAAGAAAAAUCCUGUGAGUCGGCCUGCUAGGCACUAUGGACCCCCUCCAGGAUUUAGCCAUUUACCUUCUAAGCAACAGGAAGAUGUCAUUUCUAAUUCAGUUAUAAAGGAUCAACACCUGCAGAUUGAUGACUAUAGCUGGCUGGAUGGUCAUCAAUCAUCAUCCAUCAAAAGCAUGGAGGUGGAGAAUUCUGUUAAUCAUAUGAUGUCUACAUUCCCAAAUGUUAGUUCUGCCAAUAGUGAUGCCUUUGCCAUUGCCACCAGCUUCCCAUUUCCUGGGAAACAGAUUUCUAGUAUGCAGACUCCUGUGCUCAAUGAAAAGAAAUGGCAAGAUUUCCAGCUCUUUGAACAUUCAAAGUCAUUCUCGGAAGAACAGCGUCAACAGGCAAAUCCUCAGAACUCUCAGAUGCCUCAUCAGCAUCAAGCACAAUCUCUUUGGUCUGGCCGUUAUUUCGUGUGAGACAAACAUGUCAAGAUGAUUCCAGUGGUUCCUCAGAAUCUGCUACGAUGAGUAGCCCACAGCCUGAUGCCUAUCGAGUUCGGCCCCCACCUUUGCAGCCCUUUCAAUGUUGUUAAAAUUUUCUGUUGGAGCAUGGAUUGUCUUGUGAGCAUUGCAGGUGCUUACCCUCAAAUUUGGGUGUGCCGAGGCUGCUAGACUUCAAGGAGAAAAAGAUUGACCAAGGAUUGAUGGUGGGAAUCUUGAGAAUUCCUCAUUUGAUUGCUUGAUUACAGAGGUCUAAUCAUAGUUGAGAUCUUUAAUGGGGUUGGAUUCUACUUGGCAUGAACCUGAGUUGUUCGGUGGAGGGUGCCUUCCAUCUUUUUUGCUUCUGCAUAUGAUUCAUCUCUUAACGGCCAGUCUUUAACUGUUGGAAGGAUGCGUUCUACUUCAUCAGUAGUGGAAGUGAUCGAUCACUAAAAAAGGGGUCAAACCAGAGUACUCAUGGAUUGAGGAGGCUGCUUGGUGAUUAUAUAUAAGUCAAAGAUGAUAUUGAUAGGUUGAGAAUGCAUAAUGCUUGUGGCUUAAGGAGAUAUCUAGCCUUAUUAUUUCCGGUAUUAUAUCUGUGGUUUGUCUUUGGUGCUUGGACUCUUGUGUGCAAUGUUGGGACUUCCAAGUGCUUCUCCCUGCUGUUUUCUGUCAGUUAUUAUAAUCGCUGAAGCCAUACAUAUGGGUAUUUAUAGCUGUGACCAACAGCUUUCAAUAAUUGUUUAAUGAAUCUAAGGUUUCACCGGUUUACGCUUUGUUAUUUGAAAGUGAAUUAAGUUUCUUUGUGGGCGUGGUUCACGUGUUCUGUUUUU